CGCUCCGCCCUCCCCGAGAAGCCCGAAGGAAGGGCGAGGGGCGAAGGACGAGGGGCGAAGCGCUGCGACUGCUCUCCCCGCCCGCGGCCGCCGCCCCGAUGGGCUUCCUCCAGGCCCUGCUGGCGCUGGCGGGCGCGGCCGUGCUCGCCGCCUUGAUCCUGCUGGUGCUGGGAAGCAUCUACUUCGAGGCCGCCAACUCCGAGCUCCCGGCCGGGCUGGAGCAGCCGGCCCGGCUGCGCGUCAUCCACGCCUUCCGCAUCGGGACCGCCGUCCUGGGGAGGAUCUUGGAGAACCUGAGGAUCUGCACCCAAAUCCGGUUCGUCCGGUCUGUGCGGAACGCCUGGACAAGAAGAAAGGACUCCACGUUGUUUAUCAAAGACACAACCUUCAAGCGCGUUCCUGUCCGGAUAUACCAGCCCAAAGCACCCUCCGCUGGCCGAAGGAAGGGAAUCGUGUUCUUCCAUGGAGGGGGCUGGAUAUUUGGCAGCAUAGGAGACCAUGAACAUAUCUGCUGCUAUCUUGCCAGAGAGAGUGACUCGGUCGUUGUGUCUGUGGGGUACCGCUUGGCCCCUGAGCACAGACAUCCUGCCCAGUUACAUGAUUGCCUUGCUGCCACCACACACUUUCUCAAGGUUGCAGAAGACUAUGGGGUGGACAGCACCCGCGUCGUCGUUGCUGGCAACGACGUGGGUGGGAAUCUUGCUGCCAGAGUUUGCCAAGUCUUAGCAGGCGGACCAGGCCCCACGAAAGUACACGCCCAGAUCCUCAUCUGCCCCAUCCUCCAAGCUGUAGACUUCAACCUGCCUUCCUACCAGCAGAACCAAGCCGUGCCUGUCUUAUUCAGAGAACGAGCUGCUUUCUACAUGCUGCAGUACUUGACGGGAGAAGCCUUCCUCCUGGAAGAAGUCCUGGCAGGUUCCCACGUCCCGAUGCAUCUAAAACUGCAGUAUAGGAAGUGGCUGAGUGCAGAUCACCUCCAGAAGGAAUUUAAGGCCAGGGGUUACAAGCCUGCCAUCUUGGUUUCUUCUAAAGACGAAGUCCACGAAGCAGUCAAGAGCCUGGCUUUGCCAGAAUGUUCUCCCCUUUUGGUAGAAGAUGCUGUUCUUUCUCUGCUUCCUGAGACCCUCAUUUUGACCUGUGAAUAUGACGUCCUAAGAGAUGAUGGGCUCUUCUAUAAGAAACGCUUGGAAGACAAGGGCAUCCCAGUGACUUGGUGCCACAUUGCAAGCGGAUUCCAUGGGAUCAUAAAUUUUUUUGACAGAGGCUGGUUCAGUUUUCCAUCUGGGAAGAAGGGGAUGGAUGAUAUUGUCAGUUUCAUUAAAAGCUUGUAAAACAACAACAAAAA